AUGGCCUCUCCAGAAUGGCCUCCCAAGGAAAUGAGAAUCUCCAAAAGCUACCUCUUAGGCUGGAGCGAGAAACCUCUCAAACCCCGCACUCCACCCAUACACAACCCCUACAAAGAAGUUGUCAGCUCACCUGGCGCAAUGAUUGAGUACGUCGCCAGUGAUGGCCGUAAAGGCAAAGUUUCAGGUCUCCCUAACUCUUUCCCCCAAAGACUCCAGACUGCACAGCGUCUGCUCACUGCGAAGAACCUCGCCAAGUUACCAUCUGAGGCCCUCCAGGGAAAGACCGCAUCCACUGUGGCAAAGGCUGCAAAGAGCGAAUCUAAGAUUGGCAUGUUAGGUGGCAUGGGUGGCCUUUGGGAUGAAGAUCCCAAAGAGGAUGCAGGCGGUUGGACCAAGAAGCAGGAUGACGAACUUAUGGAGCGGAAGAACGCAGGUGAACAGUGGGCAACGAUCGAGAAAGCGAUGGGGAAGAGCAAGGCAGACUUAACAAAGAGGUUCAAAGACAUCAAGCCAGCGGACUGGAGGCCAUCCCAAACCAACAAGGGCAGUAAAGGUCAGAAGCAAAAGAACAACAACAAGAAUCAAGGCAAGCAGGAAAAACAGGAUGGCGCGGAGAAGAAAAAGACUGAAGCCUCAUCGUGGGAAACGGCCGAUACUGGUAACAACCAGAGUGGAGAUGCAGAGCCUUGGGGAAACACCUGGGACACAGAGGCGGCUGAUGUAGGAAACAACAGUGGUGGCAUGGGCGAAACAUUCGAGGGAGCGAACAAAUGGGAAUCACCACAGGAGAACACUAACGACGAUAACAAUGGCGGUUUCGGCGGAGCUGCAUCUUGGGAUAAUGCUGACAAGAAAGACGAAGAUGUGCUCCCCAGUUGGCAGACCAAUGAUGAAGACAACAAGACCACCGACAACAAGAGUUCUAAAGACGAUGCAAACGGAGAAGAUCAGAGUAAUGGCAAUGGAGAUUCAAAUGGUGGCGGUACUUCGGAUUGGAAGAAUUCUUCAGGGGAUACUGGAGGCGCACCCGCUGAAACUUUCGAUUCAGGCUGGCCCCAAGAUAAAAGCUCUAGCAGAAGCCAGAAAAGCUCCCGUGACUCUAAGUCUCGUUCUAAACAUCAUUCCAAAUCCAGUCGUCCUUCGGCUUCCGCCAAAAAGAACAAUGACUCUAGCUGGAAUAAUGAAGAAUCGGUGGAGAAGAAAUCCAGUCGUCGCUCGGACUCCACCAAAAAGGGCAAUGACUCCUCUAGCUGGGGCAACGACAGUUCGUCUGAGAGCGAGUCCAACUCCAGUUGGAAAGAUGAUGACAAGAAGCGUGAGAGGCGCGACAAAAAGAAAGACGACAAGAAGAAGGACGAUGAUACGGAGUCCACGGCCUCAACCGUCUAUCAGGAGCUCUACCCCGAUGCAAAUUUCUCCAUGAAAGAUUUGACUCUCGUUGCCAAGAUUCUCAAGGAUGACAAUAAGAUGUUGUGGCUCAGGAUUGCAAGCCGAUUCCGCGACAAGACUGGAAGGAUCCUCGAUCCAGAUGUCUUCGAGCACAAGCUGACGGGAAAGGUAGCAUCCAAAGGCAACUGA